AGCUUGGUGCCGCGGCGUGGUGUGUAUUUAAACGGGAUUUUUGUGUCAGGAUCAACAAUAAUAAAAGUCAGCGUCGCUGCUUGCGUUCUGUUUAAAUAUGGAGAACGACGAUGAAUCAGCGGGGGGCAAACGGACCAGUUCGGAGCAGAGAAAGCUGCGCUCUCGGGAUGCGGCCAGAUGCCGGCGCAGUCAGGAGACGGAGGUAUUCUACGAGCUUGCUCGGACUCUGCCGCUCCCACGCAGAGUCUGCACCAACCUGGACAAAGCCGGCAUCAUGAGGGUGACCCUCAGCUUCCUGCGGAUGCAGCAGCUCCUGCGUCCUGGAGAUGAAAAAGAAGUGAAGAAAGAGGAGGAAGACGAAGAGGACGAUGAAGAUCCAAUGGACGCUUUCUAUCCUCAGGCGCUGGCUGGCUUCAUCAUGGUGAUGACUGAGGAGGGGGACAUGAUCUACCUGACAGAAAACGUCAACAAACACAUCGGCAUCACGCAGCUGGAGCUGCUGGGUCAGAGUAUUUACGACUUUGUUCAUCCCUGUGAUCAGGAGGAACUCAGAGACCUGCUUUCUCCACGCCCAGGUCUGAGUAAGAAAUCUCAGGUGGAGCCACCGAGCGAGAGGAACUUCUUCCUGCGAAUGAAGAGCACUCUGACCAACAGGGGGCGCACCGUCAACAUCAAGUCUGCCACCUGGAAGGUGCUUCACUGCACAGGUCACAUCCGUCCGUUUGGCGGCGGCUCUGCGUCGCCUGCUGCAGACAGAGUGAUGACGCUGCUGUGUGAGCCCAUCCCUCACCCAUCCAGCGUGGACUUCCUUCUGGAUACCUGCACCUUCCUCACCCGCCACAGCAUGGACCUGCGCUUCACACACUGCGAGGGCAGGGUUACAGAGCUGGUUGGGUUUAAACCCGAGGAUUUGAUUGGACGCUCAGCAUAUGAGUUUUAUCACGCGCUCGACUGUGAUCACAUCAAGAAGAGCAUGAACAUGUUGCUGUCCAAAGGUCAGGUGAACACCAGCCACUACCGCUUCCUGGCCAACAGCGGUGGCUUUGUUUGGGCAGAGACUCAAGCGACUGUCCUCUACAGCAGCAAGACAUCGCAGCCCGAAGCCAUCGUCUGCCUCAACUUCAUUCUCAGUGCUGUGGAGCAGCCGGAUGUGGUUUUCUCUGUUGAACAGACCCGCUGUUUCCACCUGCCCAAAAUGGAGCCCCUCUCACCAGGGAUCACUGAGGAUUCUGGGAUUUCUGACAACUGUGAGUCUGACAGCGAGCGCGUCAUUGGUUCUAGUGAAAGCGAAGCUGUGGAUCGUAGCAGGUCUGCACGGCUCUUCAUGAAGCUGAAGGAGAAGCCGGAGGAGGUUCUGCAAUUGGCUCCUGAAGCCAGAGACUCCAUCAAGGUGCAGACUGAAGGUCCUGUUGAGCUCUCCUUUGCCAGUCCUGCCAGUCCAGACUUGGUGCCAGAGCAUCCUCAGGAUUUGUGCAGCCCCCAGCUGAAACAGCUCCUCUCCCCCAUCUUUAACACCCUCAGCCCAUCCUCAUCUCCAGCCUCGUCUCCAGCCCCUCUGCUGACUGCCUGCGAUGAGGAGGUGAUGGACACUGGCGAGGUGGAAAAGUUCUUUGCAUUUUGUCCAGAAAUUCAGAUGAAAAAACAAACACUGGAGGACAUUGAGGGGAUGGACCUGGACAUGCUGGCGCCUUACAUCUCUAUGGACGAUGACUUCCAGCUGACCUUCCUCAGCUCUCUGCCCAGGGAGGCUGACAACCCUCUGUCCUCUGAAAGCUCCGCGAGCAGGAAAAGGACUCAUGAUUCGGACGAAGAGAUGCUGCCUCAGCUGAUUAUUCAGGAUAAGAGGCAGAAACAAGAAUCUUCCUCCAUUGAAGAGGAUUUUUUUCUGAGCCACAAACUGCUGGGUUCCCUGGAGGAGACGGACCAAUCUGAUCUGAUCCUGGACCCGAUACUGGAGGUGCACAGUCAGCUGCUCACAGACAAAGACCCGGUCCUUGGAGGCAUUCAAGGUCUCUGUGAUACUGCAGCUCUGAUGAGGGACAUAUUCCUACCUCGCCCAGCUGAUCUCUCGCCACCCCUCUCACCUAUGACCUGAAGCAGCUCUCCCUGCCCAGGGUUGGCGCGACCUUCACGCCCCAAAGCUCAGAGGUUGACGCCGGAUCUGUCUGCAAUCACAGCAACUUUAGUGCACACUUGCAUUAAACCACAAACAUGUACGCACAAAGAUUUUCCUUCUCACACACGCUGUGCAGCCAUGCUGUAGGGUUGGACCCGUCUCCGUUGCAUCAAUAUCACUGUGAAACAAGCUGGUGAGGCGCUGCAAUCUGCUCACCUGUUUAUCUUCAUUUCCACUUAGUGAUUCAAUGUGAGAAAUCAUCAGUGAACUCUGCAGGCGGUGCUAAUUUUCUCCAUGCAAACAGGAGAGAUCAGUCUUCUGAGCAGAGGUGAAUGUGAAACGCUUUUCUCAGUGCAGCUAAUUCAAAGUGUAUCACAUUUAAAUCUUUUGUCAGCCUGCAAAGGAACCACAAUUAUGCAAUUUCUGAACAGUUUUCUACGGUUUUUACCUGCUUCUACAGAAUUAAUCUCACUGCCGUUUGUCUUCUCUUUCAAAAUUACACCAAAAGCUACAACGAAGAAAAUAUAUAUAUAUAUAUAUAAAUGCGAAUAUCAGUGGCAUCGUUGAUUUCAGUGGCAUGUUUUUAUGACUUUUUAUACACUUGUGCUUUUUUUUUUUUUAAUUCAUUAACAAAAAAAAAAAAAAAAAAACACUCGUAUUGCUGUUCUUUAUAAAUCCCCCAGUUGUCUGCAGAUCUUCAUUUCGAUCUUUCUGAGGUGCCAGGUGAGCAGGGUUUACCCAACUCUCCCUGUAAGCUAAUAUGAAGCAAUCACUCAG